AAAUAAGAUCACGUGAAUGAAGAGACAAUUAUUGUUCUCGCGUGAUUCCUCUCGAAGCAAUAGCGGUAGCAAGCACGAGCAGAACAAAACAUUAUGAAGUGCAAAUUAUACAUGUCUCUUCUUCGAACAGUAGCAACAGCAGCUAGGAAAGCAUUACUGAGCCUUCCUCUCUCCCUCCUCUCCGAUUUCUGCAACUGCCACCGUCGUCAGCACCUCAUCCAACAACGACCUGAAUCCCUUUUGUCUCCUCACGUCCCCAUCCCCUGUAAGAUAUGGUGACUCUCUCGCAUUCAAGAUCUGCAAAAAAUCAUGUAAUGCAUAAAUCUGAUACAGCAGCACCUACUCAUCCCCUCUCAGAGUUUUAAUCUGGCAGCCAUUUCUGCACCACAGGUAUCGUACAUCAUCAGUGGGCAGAGGGUAAACGCGGAGUUGAUAGAGUGCCAGAUAUUGUGCUGCCGAGUACACUCUUCCGGACAGGUCCAGCCAACCUCUUGUGAAUUCUCGAACUCCAUUUUCUUGCCUUUUGAAAUUCGGCAUUGCAAACAAUAAUGGUUCUCGCAUGCUCUGCUUCCCUUUCAAAUUCUGCAGUGGUUCAGGCUGCUCCUGUACCCCAGAUGGAAGCCCAGAGACAAGGAUGAUCUGCAGGGGUUCGCCGUCGCCCGGCCCGAGCCUCUGGUGCACUUUGCGCUGUCCUCCGGAAGCCACUCGGAUCCAGUGAUGCGGCUGUACAGCCCGAGGCGGUUGUUGCAGCAGCUGGAGGCGGCCAAGGAGGAGUUCAUCCGCGGCAACGUGGGCGUGCGCGGGUCGGGGCGCAGCAGGGUGAUCCUCCCCAAGGUGCUGGAGUCGUACGCGAGGGACGCCGGGCUGGCGGCGCAGGAGCUGCUGCGCGUGGUGGAGUCGUGCCUCCCGGAGGGCCUCCGGGCGGCGGUGCGGCAGCAGGGGAGGCCGCGCGGCGGCGGCGUGGAGUGGAGGCCGCACAACAUGGCCUUCAGGUACGCGCUCGCGCGGGAGCUGGUCGGGUCCCCGGCCGGCGUGCAGCAGGCGGUGGCGCCCUCGGUUGCAUGA